CGAAGAGCGGAGAAUGACUGGAAUGGGAGGAUGAUGAAGAGAGGAGGAGGAUGGGUUUGGGUCAGAUGACCACAGGCGCACCAGAAGCUAACCUGCUUCUGAGGAAUAUUUAGCACAAAACAAAACUGAAAUAAUUCGUGUGGUCUAUUAGAACAGCAUGCUCAUCAGUUCAUUUUCUUGUUUUGAAGUAUGAUGCUCAGACAGGAUUGUGAUUCAGUGCUAUUUAUUUCCGAAUCACAGAGGAGUGUGUGCCAAGAGCACACAUCCAGGAUGCAAAUUAUUGACAGAUUAUUAAAGCAUCCACUGGCACAGAUCAAGGUCUCAGCAUGAUGGCAGUUAUCAAACAACCAACGCACACACAGCUGGCCUGUCUGUAUAGCUUAGAGAAGUAUUAUUUCCUGGCUGUUCUAGAUGUGUUUUCCAAUCCAUUGUUCAGGUUUUUAUUCAAUUACCAUAAUUUUAUUCAUUUUCCUUUCUUCUGUAUGUUUUAUACAGUAUUUUAAAUUGCUUAUCAAUUUCUUAAUAUUUAUAAAAAAAUAUAUAAUUGGUUUUAGACCGAUAGAUAGAUAGAUAGAUAGAUAGAUAGAUAGAUAGAUAGAUAGAUGGAUGCUCUAUCUAUUUACAGUGUAAUGAUUUAUUUAUUACUGUAAAUAAUAUAUUUAUUUAAUAUGUGCACUGUAUUAUGUAAAAUGGCAAAACUUGCACUGAUCCAUACAUCAGAUAUACAUAUAAAUGUCCUAUAUUUUGACCUUGUUAUGAAACAAUACAUUAUACAUAAUACGUUACAAUUUUUGGUCUGAUGUUCUGGUCUGACAUUAAUGCAUGCAUAUAAUGUAUAAAAGCGUACAUAUUUUGCCCUGUUAUGAUAAGCCACUUUUGUUAAGGUUUACAAUUACAUUUUAAUUUCAUUACUAGGUUCAUUACACUUUAAAACGUAAAUAAAAUAAACCUUUUGUAUAAUUUGUUUAAAUCUAUUUUUACAUUUGUGAUUUUCUACUUGGUACACAAGGUUUAAAAUUAAUUUGAAAAUAUGUUAUUUUUUUAUCAUAACAGACAUAACUGACCCAUAAAAACCUUUGUUUGUUACUACACUAGAACGCAUUUCAGCAGAAGAUUUUGCAGUCUAAUGAAGUUCCUGCGAUGUUUCCCCCCUUCUGCUGCAUUGAUGUUUGGCUGGUCAAACUGUAGUCAUCAUCAUCAUAACAGUUCAGUCGCGCGCUCGCAGGAAACCGCCUAGCCUGUCUCCUUGACACACCCUUAGCUAUUGUUGGCACAGUACGCGCGCGACAACCUUGACAUUCCCACACGCGCGUUCAGUUGCACGGGGAUAUCUUGUGCUACGUGGAGGCAUCAUCCUUCUCAGGAAAAAGGAAAGAAGUACAUGCAGCUACUGCGGAUAAAAGAAGAUGCACAAACGCCGAACAGAGUGCAGGUAGCCUAAACACGCACGCACGGCCAUCGCGCAUCCCCAUGUAGAUGCCCACAGUACCGUACGCGCAAACACACUCCGCUCAUCUACCUGUAAUGACAGAUCGCUGCUCAAAGCCGUGCAUUGUCCCGGGAAACGGCGAGGAAAGUACGCUUCAUGUGAGAGAUGACUGAGUGAGCUGCGCGGAUGUUGGAGACAUGGAGAAACGGGCUCUUGUAACGGCGAUCAGCUUGUCCAUGAGCCUGCUCGCGCUCAUGCUGCUGGUCACGGCGAUCUUUACCGACCACUGGUACGAAACCGACACCAGGAGACACAAGGAGAACUGCGACCAAUACGGGUCGGAGUCCAACGACCAGAAAAACAGGGAGAUGCCCAUCUAUCACCUGCCUUUGGUGGACAGCGGGAAUGCGAAGCGCAACCUGGCUCUCAUGAAGCCCAUCCAUGUAGGGAGUCGAGAGGAGGAACUGCUGGAGAACUGGAGAGCGAUUUUGGGCAUGGGCAUUUUGGAGACGGAGUGCGGGCGCCCGCUUUUCUCCACCUAUUCUGGACUUUGGAGGAAAUGCUACUUCCAUGGAAUGGACAUGGAUAUUGACAAGCUCAUUUUGAAGGGUAUUGCAGACCGAUGCACAUCUGUCAAGUACCAUUUCUCCCAACCCAUUAGACUCAGGAACAUCCCUCUCAACCUGACAAGGACCAUACAGCAGGACGAGUGGCACCUCUUACAUCUGCGGCGCAUCACAGCGGGGUUCUUGGGCAUGGCUGCUGCCGUGAUGCUGUGUGGAAGCAUUGUGGCCGCCGUGGGAUUUUUCUGGGAGGAGAGCCUCACCCAGCAUGUUUCUGGACUCCUCUUCCUUAUGGCAGGAAUCUUUUGCACAAUCUCACUGUGCACCUACGCAGCCAGUGUCUCAUACGACCUUUCCAGAAACCCUCCUUUCAUCUACGGUCUGCCCAGUGAUGUAGACCACGGGUACGGAUGGUCCAUCUUCUGCGCAUGGGUCAGUCUGGGCCUAACAGUGGCAUCAGGUUGCAUCUGCACAACUUAUCCAUUCCUGAGCCGCACAAAGGCUCUUCGCUCCAAAACGGCAAGGGAGUCAUCUGUAUGAGCGCCCCUUGGUGUCCUGGAGGACUCAGCAAAUCAUUAAUCAGCACUUGGCGCUUUAGUAAAAAGGAUUCAAGUGGGACUUCAUGCUGUAUGGAGCUGUUUUGAAUGUCUUGUAGAUUUCAGAUACCUUCGUUUUGGGCCCAUGAGAUGUAUCAGUGUUAAACAGAACGAAAACUCUUGCAUUUCCUGUGUGUCUUCUACACACAUUUGCUUACACACACAUGUAAAAAGCAAAUUACACACGAAUAUACAGUAUGUGUGAAUAUAAUGAACAAAACCUUUGAUUUGAAAUGGGUAUGUGUAUGUUUGUGGGUCGUUGUGAUGCAAUCAUUCUCUGGAUCAGGGGAAUAUUCUACACGCUAAGGAUCUGAGCCACAGUUUUUUAUGCAAACCAUCUGAAAUUCAAAUGAUUGCGCUGAUCACGGUCAAUGUUAUUUUUUUAUAAUGUGAUUAAAGCAUAUUGGUUUCCCUACCACUUGCAAACGGAUACAAGUUGACUAACCAUUGGCUCAAGAGCUGACAUGUCAAAUGAAAAUAUCAAACAGCUAAAUAUUUCAAUCAGGGAUGAACAGGACGCUUCAUGUCACCGAAGUCACCACAUCAGACAAAUGUAUAAAGGCAUGAUUGCAUAUAUAUCACCUUUGGGUAACAGCUGGUGGCUGAUAUUCAAAAAGAUUGAAAAAUCAAAGAGACACAAGAAGUCUUGAGAUCUAAGACAUGGAAAUGCAAAUUUGUGAUUGGAUGAAAUGUCUCUGAAGAUUCAGGACUUGAACGUGGCUGUCACUAGCAGUGCAAUCGUGAUACGGCAGGAUGUUUUAAGUGGAUGCUCUCAAAUCUACCCGUCUCGCUAAUGAAAGGCCUCUCAUGACAUCACGUCAUUGUUGAAAAUACAAGUCCUUCAGUUCCACACGAAGCGACCAGGAUUAUAUUAACUGCUGGAUUCUGUUUUCCAAACUAAGCCAAAACAGUAUCAUAUCCCUGAAACUGUACUGUUUGCCUCAAAACGUCUGUUGUGUUCCUGAAAGUGUAUCAUAAAUAAAAUAUUAUAAUGAUGAAAUAAAGGUCUAUGAAGAAAC